GGAUUAGACUGUGCUUCUAACGUCUCUUCUACUACACACAAGCCUAGGUGGGUGACAUCCUGCUGAUAUUCCUCUUCUCACUCUCUACUCUCAUCAUGGAAUAGAGUCUGCAUCCUUCCCAGCCUGGGUCUGCUUUACACUUGUCUGUGACAAAACUUCUUCCAAAGUAUUUGUGUUGUGUGCUAGGACUGCCAUACCCCUGAAGUGUCUAUGAAGCAUGACCAGGUAUUAAUGCCUAUAUUCUGGAAUGGCUGAAAACCAACACGAUAUUCUGCAACUACAGUUGGAUGAUGGGUCAUUUAUUGAAGGAGUAAGCAAUCAAGUGAUUGUUGCAGUUGUACUCAGUCUGAGCUUUGUUGCUACACUUAUUUAUUUUCUGCUCCUAAGAAAUGAGCAGAUCAAUAUUCACCCUGAAAACCAAGAAAGGGUGAGAGCCAUAAGGGAGCAGCUACAAAAUGAACAGGAAACGGCAAUCCAUGAGCGGCAACAGUUUUACUCAGACAUGUCUUGUCCAGUCUGUUUACAACAGGCUACGUUUCCAGUGGAAACAAACUGUGGACAUCUCUUCUGUGGUCCAUGUAUCAUUGCAUAUUGGAGGUAUGGAUCCUGGCUUGGUGCUAUUAGCUGUCCCAUUUGCCGUCAAACAGUAACGUUACUAUUUCCGAUGUUUCAAGUCACUGAACAACAAGAUGUGCAAGCGAUAUUUCAGGAAGUUAACAGUUAUAACAGAAGAUUUUCAGGACAGCCUCGUUCUCUUAUGGAAAGGAUUAUGGAUCUGCCGACCUUGUUACGUCAUGCAUUUCGAGAGAUGUUUUCUGUGGGUGGGCUCUUCUGGAUGUUCCGAAUCAGAAUUGUCCUCUGUCUGCUAGGAGCCUUUUUCUAUCUUGUGUCACCACUGGACAUUAUUCCCGAAGCUCUCUUUGGUAUUCUAGGUUUCAUGGAUGAUUUCUUUGUCCUUUUUUUAUUGCUUAUUUAUAUUUCUAUUAUGUAUCGGGAAGUUGUGACCCAAAGACUGCACAGAUGAAAAAAAAAAGUAUGUUUAACGCAGGAGCCUUCAAAUAAUUCUCUAUGCAGGUUAGAAUAUGUGAAUUUUUUGCUUAACUGGAAUUGAGAAUGUGUUUUUCAAGAUGUAAUAAGACAUCGUUAAAGGUUUCUUUGCUUCCUAA